AUGCUGCCUAUUUUAGCUUGCUUUGCCUUUUUGGCCUUUGUCACGCAAGCGUUUCCUGGAAACCAGGAUAUCGUCCAUCAUUUACCUGGACUGCCAAAUCAGCCCAGUUUUAAGCAUUAUUCUGGCUACUUGAAUGGAUUAAAAACCAACAAAUUGCAUUAUUGGUUUGUCGAAGCAGUCAAGAAUCCAUCCGAUGCUCCGUUACUGUUAUGGUUGAACGGUGGACCAGGUUGCAGCUCAUUGGAUGGUUUCCUCUCCGAACAUGGACCUUUCGCUGUCAAGCCUGACGGCAAAACGUUAUACUAUCGCCCAACUUCAUGGAAUAAAUUUGCUAAUGUCUUGUAUUUAGAAUCACCAUCUGGUGUUGGCUUUUCUUAUAAUAGCAACAAAGAUUACAUUUGGGAUGAUGAUAGUGUUGCUAUGAAUAAUUUCGUUGCCUUGAAGGACUUUUUCAGGCGAUUUCCACAAUUUGUCAAGAAUGAUUUUUUUAUCACUGGUGAAAGUUAUGGAGGCAUUUACGUUCCUACAUUGACCCUUUUAGCCAAAAAUGAUUCAUCCAUGAACUUGAAAGGAUUUGCUGUUGGUAAUGGUAUGAGUAGUUAUAGACUCAAUGAUGACUCGUUGAUCUAUUUUGGAUACUAUCAUGGUCUAUUUGGUACUGGACUAUGGAAAAUUUUACAUCGUGAUUGUUGCACUAAUGGCGUAUGCAAUUUCCAUAAUCCUACCAGUAUGAAAUGUGUAGAAGCCGUGAAUGAGGCCAUGGGUUUCAUUAACAACGAUUUGGAUGUUUACAAUGUCUAUGCAGACUGUUACCAUAGUACAUCGAAAAGUAUCCGUCUUCGAGUCGCUUUGUCAAACCUUUUCAGACACUAUAAAAAAUUUCACCAGCGUCUUCAAGCAGUGAAUGGAGGCUUGCCAUGUGUGAACACUACUGCUGAAACGGUUUAUUUCAACAGUAUGAACGUCAAAAAAGCUCUACAUAUUCCGUCAGGUUUGCCUCCAUGGUCCAUCUGUAACUUGAAGAUCAAUGUUCAAUAUCAUCGAACUUAUCAACAUACCAUUACUAUUUACCCCAAGUUGAUUACCAGCCUGAGAGGUUUAUUGUAUAACGGUGACAUUGAUAUGGCCUGCAACUUUUUAAUGGAAGAAUGGUCUAUCGAUUCGCUCAAUUUAACUGUGACUAAGCCACGCCAAGCUUGGUACUAUAAUGAUUUUGAUGGUAAACAAGUUGGUGGUUAUGUCAUACGCUAUAAGAAUUUCGAUUAUGCCACUGUUCGUGGAUCUGGUCAUAUGGCACCUCAAGAUAAACCUGUACCCACAUUCCAGUUACUGAAAAAUUUCAUCUUUAAUAAGCCCUACAGUAAUCCUAAUGAGCCUUAAAUAGUAUUUUUUCCCAUUUUUCGAAUCGAUAGUAAAUUCAGUGUUGUAAUUCUAGUGUUACUAAGUAAUUUUCAAAUAAUUUUUUUGAAAACCGAUCUAUCAUCCAUGUUGUGCUUGUAAAAAGUUCAAUGUGCAUUGAUACUUGCAAACAAAUGCAUCUUUAUAUAAUAAGUAGUAUAUAUAUACGAUUAUACAUAUGUAGAAAUGUAAAAUAGCCGAUGCCUUAACCAUUUAUUAUCAAGUUGUAUUUCUGGUUAUCACGACUUCAAGAUGGUGAACUACUUGCUCAUUGUUAAGGAUCAAUUAAUAAAUUGAAAAAUUUUAUCUAGACUGUAUAGAAAAGAUUCAUCGUUACAAUGACUAUACUCAAUUUAAAUGUAUGUCAUGAUUUUAUUUGAGGUGUUUAAUAAAUUUUUAUACUUUUUA